CAACAGGUCCUCCUCCAUCGUACAUGUUUUACCACCGCCUCGUUUGUCUGAAGUGUCAAACACACAAUUGAAGUCAAUUAAUUAAUCGCGCCCACAACCAUCCAUCCAAAUCCAAACCCGAGGAUUCCGAGACCUGAAAAUGGACGGAGCUCCGACGACGAGCGGGAGCGCAGGAGGAGGGGGAGGCGGUCCGGCGCCAUUUCUGAUGAAGACAUACGACAUGGUGGACGACUCGACGACGGACGAGAUCGUGUCGUAGCCAGAACAGACGAGCUUCGUGGUGUGGAACCCGCCCGAGUUUGCCCGGGUCCUCCUCCCAGCCUUUUUCAAUCACAACAACUUCUCCAGCUUCAUCCGCCAGCUCAACACCUAUGGAUUUCGAAAGAUUGAUCCUGAGAGAUGGGAGUUUGCUAAUGAAGAAUUUGUGAAAGAUCAAAAGCAUCUUCUUAAAAAUAUCCACCGCAGAAAACCUAUUCACAGCCACAGUCACCCUCAAGGUUCUGCGGUCGAUCCAGACAGAGCAGCUCUUGAUGAAGCGAUAGAGAAGCUUUCACAAGAGAAAGCUGCACUUGAAGCAAAUGCUUUAAGGUCCAAACAGCAGUGGUCAGCAGCAAAGUUUCAGUUCGAAGACCUGAAGCAACGAGUGGAUAACAUGGAGCAGAGGCAGAAUAAUUUGCUGACCACAUUAAAAAAGGCUUUUGAGAACCCUACUUUUGCUGAAAUUCUUGCUCGGAAAAUUGAAUCUAUGGAUUUCUCAGCAUAUAAUAAAAAAAGACGACUGCCUCAAGUUGAUCAUUCACCGCCAGUUGCGGAAAAUAGUUUUCUGGAUAACCACAGCAGUUCUAGAACUGAGUUUGGGAAUGUUUUUCACCAAGAUUUCUCAAAUAAGCUGAGAUUGGAAUUAUCACCAGCUGUUUCAGACAUUAACAUGGUUUCACGCAGCACACAGAGUUCCAAUGAAGAUGGAGCAAGUCCAAAGAGGAAACUAUCUGAAGGAGAACCAAAAUGUGCGCAGAUGCGAACUGAAGGUUUUGUAUUUCCACUUGAAACAUUAGAGCUUUCAGAUACAGGAGCAUCUUUUACACUUAAAAUAGAUUCAACUGCGUCUCAAAAAAGCCCAAUGUUCCACCCCUUGCAGCCAAGUUUGACCUCUAAUGAGGAAGGUGAUGGUAAUAUUUCGUGCCAUUUAAAUCUUACUCUGGCCUCUUCUCCAAUGCAAGUCAACAGAAGUCCUUAUUCGGCUAGGAUGCCCCAAGUAGCUGAGGAAAUUGGCAAAUCCCCAGAUUCAAGGACUGGUGCCAAUGUUAAAGAAUCUGAAACGAUAGCUUUUCCAAUGAGUAGAAAUCCGGCUGAUGACACGACUUUAUCUUCCUCUCAAAGGGCUCCAAAUAACAUUCAAGAGCCUGCAGCUGCUCCAGUUAGAGUAAAUGAUGUAUUUUGGGAACAGUUCCUAACUGAAAGACCAGGUUGUUCGGAAAAUGAAGAGGCCAUUUCUACAUAUAGGGCCAACCCAUACGAAGAGCAAGAUGAUGGAAGGUCAGGCCUUGGAAUUUCCAGAAAUGCCAAGAACAUGGAGCAGCUCACUCUUUGAAGCAUCAAUGUUGCUGAAGUCUACUUCUGUUCUUCCAAUGCUUUGUAAGAUCACAUUUGAUAGUUAAGUGAUUCAAAACUUGCCCUGCUAUUGGUUUGAAUAAGUUGAUGCGGAAAUGCCACAAGUUCUUGGUCGCUGCUGAUUAUUAUUAUUAUUAUUCAUGGUAGUGCCAUUGUCCCUGAAAAGUCUACAUUAACAGUGUGGCAUUGAUGCGUAAAAUGUAAUAACGAAAUAAUAUUUGGUGUAUAAUACAGAUUUGCUACUUUUUGAAAUGCUAGGCAAUAGCUGAUUCUUCAUCUGA